AUGAGUUGUUAAAACGAAUAAAGUGAAGAUAUGUAUAGGAUAUUGGCUUUAUCCAAAGAUGUUGAAGAAUUAGUCUUCUCUAUUUUAAUUAAAAUAUUCAAAACAGAGAAAAUUUAAGACUGCCUAUAAUUUCUCUAAUAAGAUACAACCACUAUCAAGUUGAAUAAUAAAUAAUAUAGGUAGAAAACUUAUUUAAGGUAGAUCAGGAACAGAUGCUAAAUGUUGGACAAAAUAACAUUAAGAAAAUAACAAUUACCCUUGAUAAAAUUAAAAACCAUAAUUUUAAUAAACAGGAUUAUUCUGUAGAGGUUUAUGAGGAAAUUAAAUAGGUACUAGUCACAAUAAUAUUUCAGGAUCAGAGGAUAAUAGAAGUCCCAUCUUUUUGUUCAUCUUACUGCCCUAGAUGACAUAUAGUGUGGAUCAAAUUCUUUACAUAUGUUAGUUGAAAUGAAAGUAGAUUAGAAGACACAAUCCUUUGAAAAUAUUAAAAUUAAAAAUACUUGA